AUGGCUUUGGAGGUCAAAAAGAAUCUCAAUGCAGUGCAUCAUCCAGCCACACUAGUACAGAUGCUAGUAGCAUACGCCAAGUUAAGCUGCCCACUCAACAGGGAUAUAAAUAGGGGACUAGUUGCAUCACCCGGCAACAAACGUCACACGAGAUCAAACAAAUGGCGCAGCAAUCAACAGGUUUAUGAGCAAUUAUUUGUAGAUGUUGCUCGAUUCAUCGUGUCCAAGAAGCUGAUUAAGCAUCUGAACACGCAAUCGACUGUCAAUGGCAUUUUCGCGGUUGCCCUGGCAGGAAUGGGUCAUCGCAUCCCUUCUUUCUUAUAUAAGUUACUGGUCAAGUUGCGAAAAGAAUACCCUGGUGCUCUCAAAUUUCAAGAAAUGGAUAAGCAGUACAAAAUCGCUACGACAGUUUUGGGAAAAACAUGUAACAAACAGAGCCGGUUGAUAUGCCGUGAGCUCAAGCGAUUACGCAAGGUCCAACUUAGCAACGUAAAAGGUGCGAUUGCAACCAAAGAUGAUACUGUAAAAUAUUACGAUGCCCAGAGGGUCACGGUCUCAGGUAAGUUCAACCGUAACUGCAAGCGAUAA